AUGGCGUCCCUGGAGAAAUUUUACGCGCCAAAGCGGUUUGCACGCACUCGGAGAGUCAGGCCUGAGCCAUUGCCACGCAGCGUGUGGGGGUGGAUCCCAAAAGUGUUGCAUUAUACACAGGACGAUGUCGUAGAGCUGGCUGGCUAUGAUGCAGCCAUGUACCUGCGCAUUUUAGCCUUUGGUAUCGAGUUGUUCACUUUCGUCAGCCUGUGGGUCAUCAUAGUGGUUCUGCCGACGAAUCUCUCAGGGCGCCAAGUGGAGCACUUGAUAGGCAGGAGUGCUGUGGAGCCCAGCAACUUCACUUACUGGAUCCCGCCUCCACCGCCGCUGCCGCCUCCUGGGGUCAACCCCCCUGCAGGAAACGCACCACCCAGACCCAUCAAGGCACCAGACUUCUAUGCUCCAGUGCCGCCCGCCCCUCCUGGCCUGGAAUGGUGGCACUACCGGCCGGGUGUCCCACCCUUGCCACACCCCUCCCAGUACUUCCACAAUGAGUCCUACAAGAGCUGGGGUUGGAGGUAUGAUGAGAACUUCCAGGUGGUGGACUACACGUUCUCAAAAUUGGACCUGACGACCAUGGCCAACAUCAGUGGCGGGGAUCAGCGCCUGUGGGUGCACCUGCUCUCCGCAUGGGUCAUCAGCUGGUUUGUGUGGAGGCUGCUGUGGCGGUACAACCGGGAGGCGGUGGCGCUGCGAAUCGCGUUCUUCAUGUCGGCCGAGACCGGUGGCGUGGCGCACACGGUGCUGGUGCGUGACGUGCCCGGGCUGCCCUACGGGACGGUGGCCGCGCGGAUCGAGGACACCGCCCUGCGCUUCCUGCCGCGCUUCGUCAAGAAGCGCCUGGUGCGGGGAGCGACUGUGGCGCACCGCAACGUGCUGAACGCGGUUGACACAGUUUUGGACCUGCCCUCGCGCGCGACCAAUGCUGAUGCCAGCGUGCACGGGCCCCCGGUGCAGGGCAUUUUCUCUGCAGCCUCCGGUAACGACGCGCAGCUCGUGCGCAGGACGUCCUUUUUUGCAAAGAGGCACAGCAGCGGGCACCGCCCUGCAACGGCACCGCUGGACCCGAGCGGGGUGGUAACAGAGGUGGACGCAUGGGGUCCGGCCGAGCGCGCCCUUGAGUCCGGCCUCACGCCCAAAGAGAUGGUGCAGCAGCACUUCCAGAGGCUGUUUGGAGGGGAGGUGCUGCGGGUGCACAUGGCGGUCGACACGCGCAGAGUGGACGGCCUUGUGAGCGAAUAUCUGCACACGCGACAGAAGCUGCUCGACCUUCUCGACCCCACCAGCAGCCACGAGGACCAGAAAAAGGAGGUUGAGGCGGAGCUGUGCAGGGUGAGGUUGGAAGAGCUGGUGAGCGCCAUCCGCACUGCCUCGGAGGAGCUUCGCAGGGACCCGGAGGCCGCCCUGCCUGCCGCCUUUGUCACCUUCAACACACGCUCUGCUCAGGCGGUGGCGUCUACAUCCAUGGUGCACCAUGACAGGACGGCUUGGAUCGCCACUGCUGCCCCCGAGCCCAGGGAUGUCAUCUGGGGGAACCUGGGGUGGCGGCUGUGGGAGCGGCAGUUGAGGUCGGUGGUGUGCUGGGUGGUCUUCUUCUGCAUGAUCGCGUUCUACCUGCCAGUCGUUACCGCCAUUCAAGCCCUGCUGCAGAUAGACAAGCUGGUGGAUCUGCCGGGCAUCCGCGAGGUGGCAGAGCUGCCGCUGGUGAGCGGGCUGCUGGCCGGCUUCCUGCCGCAGCUGGUGCUGCGCCUCUUCUUCUCGCUCAUGCCCACCAUCCUGGCGCUGCUGGAGCGGCUGGAGGGGCUGCCAGCAGAAUCCGAAGUCGAGUGGGGCGUCGUGCAAAAGUACUUCUCCUUCCAGGCGCGCACACUGCUUUUUGUGGUGACGAUAUUCCUGGCGACGUUUGUGGCGGGGUCGUUCCUGAACCAGGUGCAGCUGCUGAUCAGCGCGCCCAAGAGCAUCCUGCGCAUCCUGGGGGCGGCCGCGCCGCAGACCGCCUCAUUCUUCAUGUCCUACCUCCUCCUGCUCGGCCUCACCACCAAACCCAUCCUCUUCCUGCGCAUCCCCCAGCUGGCGAUGUACUGGGUGGGGGCGUUGUUCAGCAAGGGUGAACGGGCGCGCGCGCGGCUGUGGAUGGGGCAGUACAUAGAUUACGGCUACGAGAUCCCCGACAACCUCAUGGCGGUCCUGCUGGGCCUCACCUUCUGCGUCAUCUCCCCCCUCAUCGCCCCCGUGGCGCUCCUCUUCUUCAUCGUCAACAACAUCGUCGGCCGGUACCAGCUCGUCUACGUCUACGCCGAGCGCUUCCAAUCCGGCGGCAAGGUGUGGCGGGAGGUUUCGGGGCAGGUGUUCUUUGCGGUGCUGACCUUCCAGCUGGUGAUGGUGGCGCUCCUGGCGCUGAAGCAGGCACCCAUCGUGGCUUUGCUGGCCGUCCCGCUGCCCAUUCUCACCGUCGCUCUCUGGCGCUCGGCCGAAGUCCUCUUUGGGCCGCCCCAAGAGGUUCUGUCCUUAGAAGCAGCCGCCGACCUGGACCGCCGAGACCAGGAGAAUGCGGAUGAGAGGAGGCAGCUGAUGGAGCGCAGCCAGUUCCUGGAUACCAUGUAUGAGCCGCCGGCAUUCAGGAUCGCCAGAUGGGACGCCGCAUCCCUGCGCACAGAAGCUGCUGCGACCGCUUCAGGCGCCGACAGGAUGAGCGCUGCAGAGGAUUUGGAGGCACAGGCAGAUGAGGAAAUGCCAAUGAUGGAUGACGAUGACCUGUACCAGGAUCUGUACACAGAGCAGUUUGUAGAUCGGAAGGACACAGUCGUGCAAGGCUCAAGUCAUGACAAGGACGAGGAGCUGCCCUUGUCAACUCCCUUGCUGAAAAGGAACUCGCAUCGAUCAUAA